AUGUUAGUACUAUUUUUGUUUGCCGCAGUCCCCGUAAUAGUGAUUCACUAUUUCAGAGUAGUCGAAAUCCGUCUUUUGCCCUUCAGCUAUCAUUGUGUUGCUACUCAUAACUAUAUUAACUAUAUGCAGGUCAUUGCUAUAUACUGUCUCGCCUGCCUAUUUUUCUUGCAGAUAAGCCCCAUAAGGGAAAAGAAACACAUUGAAGUAUCUGGCACAAGACAAAUACCAAUCGAAACAGUUCCGACAAGUCUUGAUGAGGUUCCUUCCCAAAGGGAUGCAUAUGGGAAUAAGUCUAGUGGCAAGAAAGUAGGCUCAUCUUCAAAUGCUAAUGCUGGAGCAUUGGUUGAUGAUAAAAAGAUACACAAUAUGGUCUAUGUCGAUGAUAUCCUAGUUACUGGGAAUUGCAACACUGCCUGCAGAUCUCUUAUUUCUCUUCUUAGUGCCAAGUUUCCUGUUAAAGAUCUUGGUCCUUUACGUUACUUUCUUGGGUUAGAAGUUCAUCGAUCUGGCAAGGGUAUUUUUCUUUCUCAAACCAAAUAUGCCUGUGAUCUCCUCAAGAAAACAGAUUUUAUUGGCGCCAGCCCCUGUUCUACUCCUCUGGGCUCUUACAAGUUGGAUAACUCUGGUGACAUUCUUGCUGAUGCUACCUUUUAUCGCUCUACUGUUGGAGCUCUUUAG